AUGUUCCUCCCGUUUUCUGCGGACCGAAUCUGUUGCAGCUGCGACCGAUGUGCUCUUGGUACAUGGUUUAUAGGGGGAAAGAUGACUUAUUGGUUAGAACGCUUGGACAACCUGGCAGUGUCGCAGUCCUCAUGCUUUCUUCGGGUGACAUGGCAGCUUCGCACCGAAAGGAUGUUGCAGCUGGUUUAUAACGAGUACUUGCUUCUGGAUGUGCUGGAUGACCUCGCGCUUGCUGACCGGUGCAAACAGGAAAGUAUUCGAAGCGCCAAUUUACCGACCGGAAGGUCCGUAGUUCAAACCUCUCGACUUCCCGUGUCUAGGCUUAGGCAAGCUGGCAGUAUCCCAGCCCUCGUGCUUUAUUCGAGUGGCAUGGCAGUUAGGCACCGAAAGGGCGCUACAGCUGAACGAUACAUACUCAGACCAUCCUUGCUUGACAGCCUCACAUUCCGCAGCAGUCAUGUGUUGUCCGUCCUGUAA